ACGUGAUCCUGCCUGACCUGGUGUCGCCGCCUCCUUCAACAUAAACUGCGAUUGUGCGUCGAUCCAAAGGUCCGAGAAGAUCACAGAGCCACAAAUGUCGGCUUGUUUGUUCGCGUUUGCAGGGACGAUGUCAACUAUGUUUGGCUGUAAGAUGUGGCGUUCUCUGUGGUACGUGGCCUUGCUGCUGGCCGCCUUGCUCAUCGCUCUGCUCUACUACACCCCUUCUUUCCGAUGUCUGACCCGAGAGCUCUCAGAACCCAUCACAAACCCUGGACUCCGUGCCGUCUUGGUGCUCAUCUGGCUCUGGCCCUUUAACCAGACCUUCGAGCUCGACCUCUGCAGCUCCCUCUUCAACAUCCAUGGCUGCGUCUUAACGGCCGACCGGGAUUUUGUUGAGAAAGCCGACGGCGUCCUGAUCCAUCACAGGGACAUCGCUUGGGAUGCGUCGAAUCUCCCGCGGGUUCUUCGUCCUACUCAUCAGAAGUGGAUCUGGAUGAAUUCAGAGUCACCGUCCAACACAGAUCGGAUCCCCGGCCUCGACGACCUGUUUAACGUCUCGCUCAGUUACCGCAAAGACUCUGACAUAAGCGUGCCUUACGGCUCUCUCGUUCCGGUUGACGAUGGAUUUGAAGACUUUGUGGACAUUCUACCUUCUGAAAAGGACAAGCUAGUGUGCUGGAUCGUUAGCAACUACAAGCCGGAACACAGGAGAGUUCAGUACUACGAGCAGCUCAGCAAGUACGUCAAGGUUCACGUCUUCGGCGACUUUUUCGAGAAGCACGUUUCUGAGCAGGAAUACAAAGACAUUAUCUCUGGCUGCAAGUUUUACUUGUCCUUCGAGAACUCCGCACACACGGACUACAUCACCGAGAAGCUGUUCAACGCCCUGGAUCUGGGCGCCGUCCCCGUCGUCUUUGGGCCGUCCAGAAAGAACUACGAGCGCUUCGUCCCUGGUGAUGCCUUCAUCCACGUGGACGACUUCCCUUCCAUGAGGGCGCUGUCUAAGCACCUCUUCCUUUUACACAGGAACCAAGCCUUGUAUGCGAGGUACUUCAGGUGGAGGAGACGUUUUCGUGUAAAGAAGACUUACUUCCCGGUGGAAAACGCCUGUCGGUCCUGUGAGUACAUCCGACAGAACAGGCAAUACCAGGUUCUUACAAAUCUGUAUCGGUGGUACUGGGAUACGAGCCAAGAACUUGACCUGCCUCCGUCCUUCUACUAACCUGAACACAGCUUUCAGCUUCAUGUUAUUUCUUUUUCUUUUUUCCCUCAGAUUCCUCAGGUAACUCAUAUAUUUAAACAUAAAUCCUGCUUGUGUAUGUUUUAUGAAUUAAUUAUUUCCCCCCAAGGUCUUUCAUCACUGAUCCUGAAAGCUGUCUUCAAUUAUCUCAGUUAUUUAAUUGAAUGUUUCCAAAGCAACACGCUUCGGUCUCUUUCAGCUUGUGAGAAAUGUUCAUGCAUAGCGACUGUUCCUGCUGAAGAAAAGAAGCUCGGUUCUGACGCGGAUUGUUUUCUAGCUUCUGUGAUCAUAAAGUGCUUUAAAAAAAAAAGCCCCCAUUGGAAAAAAAAUUGAAAUAAAUAAAUGCAAAUAAAGCAAUGGCUUUGAGAUUG